AUGUUCCACACUGGAGAUGUUGUCUAUGUAGAUUAUGGCGAGCGACCAAUAUGCGUGCACACCAGGGUGGUUUUGGCUGUCGUGGAUCAUGGCAGUCACGAGUAUGUAGUGCUCACCCCCGACUACGAUGUGUUCACAGAGAUUCUUCAUGAAAGCAACCCCGAUUUUACACGUUUUAUGCUACCUGGACCCCAUGGUGGUAUUCCUCGAGGAGUCUCAGCAAGAAAUGUGUAUGCGUUUGCCCCUAUGUCGGCAGCUGAUCUGGCGAAUUACACUCAACAAGGCCGAGCUGAGGCCGAGGCCGAGAUUCUUCGUCGAGGGGCUGCUGCAGCGGGUGUGGGGGAUGCCGAUCCCGGACCCAUGGUCGGAGCUCCAGAGAUCGCUGAUGGCCGGCGCUGGGUGCUGGCCGAAUACGUUCCAGGGCAUAAAAUCGGCGAAGAGGUCGAGUUGAGCUCAGGAGCUGCUAGGGACGGGGAUUGGGCAAUUCAUCGCGUUCCGGAUCUAUCAGGAACAGUCCACAAUGUCCUGGUUUCGAGGGUUGCGGAUGCCGACUUGGAGUCUUUCUGCGAAGCUCGAAUACACAGGUGCCGCGAGGCUGAGGCCGCAGACCACUUCCUCCAGACAGGAUAUCGGCCUGGGGGUGCCAUAGUGGUCCCGGCGCUAACAAAACAUGUGGCAGAUAAGCUCCAUCAAGAAGGCCAGAUCCUUAAGGAGCGGCGCAAACUUCGUGAAGAGAAGGGCAUUGGCAAAGGAAAGACGAAAAAUCCCGGGGGCAACAAGGUUUUUCAGCCUCCCCGCCCUCGGGAUGAACGUCAGAGGGAUCUCUUUCCGCUGCCUUUGUUGGUGGAGGAGCCGGAGGUUGCCAAGAAGCGACUCAAUUCGGCCGUGGUCGCCUUGAAUUCACUUUUCUUUGGGAAGGAGAUUCAUUCUGCAAAAACAUGCAUUAGCAUCUCCGACCUGCCUCAAGGACAGGGGGAUGUGCUCAGGAGCCUGAUUCAUAGAUUGGGGUCAUUGGGUCCGCCGCCUGCCGGUGCAUGCUACCGAGAAGCCCUUCAGGCGCUUCAGGUUCCCGGGGGCAGCUAUGAGGCUGAACCCGGUGUUGGCGAUACAGUGCCAAUGGAUUUGAGUUUGUUGUCCCUGCCCACCUUGAAGGGGACAGGGGUUGAUCUUGAGAGUGAGAUGACUGGUGACGUCGGAGAGAUGAUUCGGGACUUCGAGGGGUACCUCUUGCAAGAUGCUUCAGCAUGGGCAUCGGUGGCUGAAGAGGCCGCUCGUAUGAAGCCAUACAAUGACCCGAAGAUGAGACAUCGGGGUUUUUAUCGUGAGUUCCUGCUACGUUUGCAGGGUUGCGGCAUCCUGACGUUUUCCCACCGUGCCCGUGGUAGAGUAGGAGCCUUCACUGUCAGCAAAAAGCCAAAGGUGAUAGACGGUCAGCGCUUCCUCCGCCAAAGGCUCAUUCUCGAUUGCAGGCAAGUCAACUUUCAAUUUAGGCCACCUCCGUUGACGGAGUUGGGGUCACUUGCUGCGCUAUGUGAGAUCGAGAUUGGGCAGGGAGAGACCAUGUACAUCGGGGGUGCGGACAUUGCUGAUUGUUUUUAUGGCUGCAGGCUCCCGGCUGGCAUGGAAUCUUUCUUCUGUUUCAAGGAAGACCUCACGGUGAAGGAAGCCAGGGCCUUGUUCCAGGACUUACCAGAAUGGGUCAAUGACCUGGAUGAGCAUAGCAUCGUUUCUCCGUGUCUGAGUGUUCUGCCGAUGGGGUUUUCCUGGUCAUUUUACAUUGUUCAGCAGCUCCACGAACAGAUCACCAUGCAGGCACUUUCCCUUGAUCAUCGUGACCUCGUGUUGGAUGCACAUCCUGCGCGGGAUUUCAGGUCUGCGAGUGUCUUCGAGAAAGGGGUUUUCAAGUUCAUGAAGAGGUGUGGAAUGUCCAUCUUCCGGUCGCUCUACGACUUCAGCACCAAAGGUAACCUUCGACGUGAAUGGACAACCCGGGUUACUUGCACGGAUGCUUCACCUGAGGGUUUUGGUAUCGUCGAGUGCGAGUUGGGGGUUGACCAAGUCAAGGAGAUUGGCCGAUGGAAUGAGCGUUGGAGGUUUAAGAGAUUGCCGGUCAGUGAGUGGAGGCCCCGAGAGCGGGCUUUCAACUAUGACAUCGCCUCCGACCUGUUCACCGCGGAGAGGCCGGGGCCGCCACAUGGUGUCAAUCAAGAGUAUGUUGCAAAUGAUGAUUUUGUCGAGGUCCCGUUUGCACUCAUGCAGCCAGAAAGGUGGCAUACCGCAAAGGUUGGCAUGUGGAAGGAUACGUCCGAGCAUAUCAGUCUUAAAGAAGGGAGAUGCUUCAUUCUGGCUCUCAGGCGCCUGGCCCGUGACAGUAAGCAGAGGGGUAAGAAAGUGCUCAUCCUCGUCGACAACCUAGCAUUGGGAAUGGCUAUCAGCAAGGGUAGAGCGCAUGAUUUUCACAUUCUACGGAUUUGCCAACAAGCUGCCGCCAUAUCCCUUGCGGCAGACUUCUUCGUCAGGCCUCGUUGGGUGCCAUCGGAGGUGAAUCCAGCGGAUGGAGGUCUCAAGCGAAAUCGGUCGGAGACGGAGCGCAGAGUGAUCACCACGAAGGCUCCGCUGGUCUCAAGCUCGCGGCCGGGGAUCGGGCGUCCGAGGAUGGCCAUUGCGGAGGUGAAGCGGGACUCUCGUGUGCUCACGGGGACCAUCGCUGCGAUUCCAGCUGGCAGGGGCAAGAAGGUACGAGCGAAGACUUCGUCGAGGGUCGUGAAGGGGCGACUCUCAUCAACUCCAACGACCGCUGUGGAGAGAAUGGUCAAACUUGGAAAGGAGAAGGCCGCGAAAUCCGAGGAGGAGGCAGAUCACGACAUGACCCUUCUCGAGAUGGCGAGCGUCAGCGAAGCCCAGCGAAACCAGUACUCGAAGUACCUCAUCUCAUUCAAGGACUUCUGCAAGGAGCACGUGAAGGAGUGGCCCCCGGAGGACCUCGAUUGGAUGCUGGCGGACUUCUUCGACGACAUGUUCUUGGAGGGGAGCUCACUGGCUGUAGGAGAGAAAACCUUGGCUGCGGUAGAGUUUCGGUUUGUUCACUCCAAGAAGGGGCUCUUGCGAGCUCGGAGGGCUCUGAAAGGGUGGAGGAAGAUGAGGCCGCCUACCAGUCGCCUCCCAUUGCCCAAGCCAGUGGCGUUCGGAAUCGCGACGGUGAUGAUUGCGAGGGGGUUCAAGGACAUGGCGAUCAAAGUGCUUGUGGACUUCGACCUCUACCUCCGACCAGGGGAGAGCUUCGACGUGAGAGCAAAGCAUGUUGUUCGGCCAAUCCCACGUUCCGGGAAGCAGUAUCAGAAGUUUGCUGUGAUCAUUCGGGAUCAGGACAUGGGGAAGCCCGACAAGACGGGGACUUUCGACAACACGAUCCUGCUGGACAAUCCCACUACGGAGAGCUGGCUAGGGCCUCACCUGUGUCGCCUGGCCAAAAAGGUGACAGAGGACUCCCCAGUGUUCCAGUUCACCCCCGAGGAGUUUCGGAAGCAGUUCCAGAGCGCUGCGGAGGCCCUUGGAUUGAAGCACCUUCAUCCAUAUCAGCUCCGACACGGUGGGGCAAGCGAGGAUCUCAACUCCAGGCUACGCGACCAUAUCGCGGUUCGCGAGCGGGGUCGUUGGAAGACCGAUUCCAGCUUACGUCGCUAUGCAAAGACUGGGAAGCUUCAGAAGCUGCUAGGGGACCUGAAAGAGUCCCAUCUCGAGUUCUGCCAGCAGAGUGUGCGUCGCAUGCCGAAAGUCCUGGACGGAACCCUGCCGGCUCAGCUUCCCUAG